AUGGAGUUAGUCAAGCCCCCUAUGACUCAUCGUUUCACCGGUGGCGGAUAUGCCUGGCUGCCAAAAAUCUCACUGCAUAGCGCUUACCACAGAACAAAGAACAUAUUCUGGAGAUCGCCAGGAAAAGGCUCACAGGAUACUGAUCCUCUCCUUGAGGCAGCACUACCUUCAACUACCGAGGACGGCUACGUCAAGAUUAUCGACGACAAUAGCGACAGUGACAGCGAUGAGGAUCAAGAAGUAAAGGAUGCGCGCACCGAGCGGUUACGCGAGACUGGCUGGCUUGGCUAUCUGAAAGACUUCACAAUCUUCUUACCCUACGUGAUUCCUCACAGGGAUCUCAAAGUACAGCUAUGUUUACUCAUCUGCAUUGUCACUCUCAUUCUGGAACGAAUUUUACACGUCGCGAUUCCGUACACUCUUGGAGUCAUCGCCGACAAAGUUACAACCGGAGUUGCGCCAAUUCGAGAACUCCUUAUCUUCCUCGCACUCGAUGUCAUCAACGCCGAGUCGGGUCUGAUCUUUGUUCAGGAUCUGUCGAAGAUUCCCAUUAAGCAAUUUUCGUACAAGAGUCUCACCAAUGCUGCCUUCAACCAUGUCAUGGGUCAAUCAAUUGACUUCCACUCUACGCAAGAUUCAGCCGAGGUCAUGAAGGCAGUUGAGCAAGGCGGGGCCUUAGGCAACGUGCUCGAGUCAGUGGUCAUCGAUAUCGCUCCGACCCUGAUCGAUGUCAUCGUUGCUUGUGUGAUCUUCCACCAGAAGUUCAACUCUACGGUGGCGAUGGUGCUACUUGGUGCAUCCAUUGCAUACCUGGUCGCAGAGGUAUCCUCUACGCGACUCACAACUGACGACCGGAGGCAUUUGACAAAGGCGGAAAGAGCCGAAACUCGAAAAAUGCACCAAGCUAUCCAGGGAUGGCAGACUAUCACCUACUUCAACCAGUUCCAGCGCGAAGCCCAGACCCUCUCCAAUGCAGUCGCCAAGCAUAUGACGGCAGAAACACGCUUCGUGGCGCGGCAGGCACUCAUCAAGGCUCUGGUGGAGCUUGUGGUACCAACCACUUUUUUCGCGCUGGCCUAUCUUAUCCUCCAGCGCAUCGCUGCUGGGACCGCAUCGCCAGGAGACUUCGUUUUCUUUCUCACAUACUGGGACUCGAUUAUCUACCCACUCAAGUUCCUGACAAACCAUGUUCGAUGGCUGGUUAGUGAUUUCGUUGAUGCCGAGCGGCUUCUACUGCUUCUGAAGACCAAGCCGUCGAUUGUAGACGCACCUGAAGCUUAUCCGCUCACCGUGCGCGAGGGCGAAGUCCGAUUCGACCAGGUGUCUUUCAAGUACAAAGAAGGUCGCUACGCCCUCCAAAAUGUCUCCUUUACCGCCUCGCCCGGCCAGACCAUCGCGCUCGUGGGAGAGACUGGUGCUGGCAAGUCCUCAAUCUUGAAGCUACUCUUGCGCCUGCACGACCUCACAGCUGGCAGCAUAGUCAUUUCGAAACAAGACAUCCGGGACGUCACACUCAGUUCCCUUCGAGACGCCGUGAGCGUAGUACCGCAAACCCCCAUGUUCUUCAACACUUCGAUCAUGGAGAAUGUACGCUACGCGCGCAGCACAGCGACCGAUGAGGAUGUACACGAGGCAUGCCGUGCCGCUGCGAUCCAUGCUACAAUCAUGCGCUACCCAGAUGGAUACAACACACAAGUUGGUGAGCGCGGCGUCAAGCUUUCCGGUGGUGAGGCGCAAAGACUUGCCAUCGCGAGAGCGCUAUUGAAGGAUGCACCCAUUGUGUUAUUGGAUGAAGCGACUAGUGCUGUUGAUACAGUGACGGAAGGAAAGAUCAAAAGAGCAUUAGAGAAGCUGAGACAAGGGAGGAUUGUGAUUGUGAUUGCACAUCGAUUAAGCACCAUCGUAGAUGCCGAUCAGAUCUUGGUGCUACACGAGGGGAAGAUUGUGGAGAAGGGUAGACACGAGGAGUUAUGUGAAAGCAAAGGGAGGUAUUGGGAACUUUGGGAACAGUCUUAG